CGUCGCGGAUGAGCGAGGCCCCGGUGGCCCAGCAGGGCAGGGCCAGCGCCGCGGAGAGCAGCGUGGGAAGCUCCUUCACCGCCUGCAAGAAGGUGCUUCGAAGCAACAGCCUGCUCGAGUCUACAGACUACUGGUUGCAGAACCAGAGGACCCCCUGCCGGAUCGGUUUCGUGGAAGACAAGUCCGAGAACUCAGCUUGUGCUUCUGUCUGCUUUGUGAACCUGGAUGUGAACAAGGAUGAGGGCAGCACAGAGCACCUUCGGCAGAAAUUGGUCAACGUUUCACCAGAUCUCCCAAAACUUAUCAGCUCCAUGAAUGUCCAAAAACCAAAAGAAAAUGAAAUUGUCCUCCUCAGUGGAUUAACAUCUGGAAAUCUCCAGGCAGAUUUUAAAGUUUCACAGUGUCCUUGGCUGCCAGAUAUCUGCUUAGUCCAGUGUGCGAGAGGGAACAGACCAAACAGUACCAAUUGCAUCAUCUUUGAAAUCAACAAGUUUUUGAUUGGUCUGGAGCUGGUUCAGGAGCGUCAGCUCCACCAGGAGACACACAUCUUGAAGGUGGAGGAUGACACGAACUGUUCCCUGUCUUCCAUCGAGGAGGACUUUCUCACCGCGUCUGAGCACUUGGAGGAGGAGAGCGAGGUGGAAGAAGGUUAUGAGAAUAUAAAUGUUGCAGCCAACGUUAUGGAAAGUGAAAAGCCAAAGGAAGUCACUCAGGAGGAAUGGAGCUACAGUCAGGAAAAGUCGCCUUGUCCUGUGGAAGACAAGUGCAUUAGCAAAUACGGUACGUCGUUGACUGAAACAGAAGGAUCUCUGGGGAAAGUAGCAGAAGACACAACAUUGCAGGGUCUGGAUCCCUCAGCGACGCUCUCAGAGAGGAGAGGCGAAGCUGUGGGAAAUGAGAGAGCAGCCACGGAUUAUGAUUAUUCAGAAGAUUUUAAAGUCCCCGUGGGAAAACUGCAGGCACUGUGUGCUCCAAGCAGUGUGUAUCCCUCCAGGGUGGUUCGGAAAGAGGGACCCUCUGCCUGCAGCCCGGUCAUGGAGCAUGGCCAAAACCUAGUCCCAGGAGACCACGAAGAUGGAAUGAAUUCUCUUCCCCCCGUGCAAGAUGGAGAAGCCACAACUGGCGAGUAUGCUACAAAUUUAGCGGAAUCCGUGUUGCAAGAUGUGUUUAUCAGAUUAUCUCAGUCUCAGCCUCCACCCCCCCAGGGAUCUGCAGUCAGUGCCUCAGUGGGAAGCGCUCUGCUCCCCAGUGGCUGUUCCACAAAAGAUGCCGUGGUCCCUCAGUCGUGGAAUGAGCUCCCGAAAAUUGUCAUUGUUCGGAGUCCCGAUUGUAGUAAUGCCGCCCCGGAGACAGGCACCUGUUCUUGGUCUGAGAUGGAAGCCGCUUUGGAAACCUCAGGCGUGUCCUCUGGAAGGGAUGCCAGCAGACACCCCCAGAGUGCUCUCGAAGUAGCAUUAGCUUGUGCGGCCACAGUGAUCGGAACUAUUUCCAGUCCACAGGCCACAGAGAGACUGAAAAGGGAGCAAGAAUCCCUUAUUUCAAACAGUCCCCUGGGAGGCAGUGAACCACUGCAGACAGACGCACCCCCAGGACUCAAGGAACCUUCCAUCGGUGAAUACUCCCUUCCAUCUGCUUUGUGCGGCAUGACUCAGGUGGCCAGUGCAGUUGCUGUCUGUGGCCUGGGUGAAACAGGAGAGGCGACGUGCCCCGAGGCGUCAAGUGGCAUCUUGUCCGCAGCUGCGUCUUUUGCAGCAAACUCCCCACUUUUUCAUUUAGCAACAGGGAGGGGUAUGGAGCUGGGAAAUGAAGCCAUUGCAGAGGCAUUGUUCAGAGAGGCUGCUCUGGUGUUAACAAGGCCUAAUGCCUACAGCAGCAUUGGAGACCUCAUGGAGUCAAUGAACAGAAGGAUGAUGGAGACUGCUUCCAAGCCUCAGACCCUGGGCUCAGAAAAAGUCCUUGGAAAUGAGCUGGCACAGGCCCUGUCCAAUGUUAUCCUGAAACAGUGUUUUGACGAGGUUCGCCAGCAAAAUGAAAGACUCGACCCCAACCACGGCAGGCAUCCAGCUGAAACUCUGGGCGUCUUGAUGGAAAGUGCAAAUCAGCUGCUCUUCGAUGUGACAUGCUUCACGUUCAAGAGGAUGAGCCACAUUGUCCAGCACGGUGGAUGUCCCACUAUUCUUCCCAAGGAGACCACUGGGUGGGGGGAAACAGAACCAGGCAACCAGGGCCCUGACCAGGCUGCUAGUCAAGCAUGGAAAAAAGCCACUGACGACUCCAGCAGCCAUCCACUUCUUAAUCCAUGCAGCCCUAGUCUUGUUAUCAACGACCUGGCAGAUGACAUGCCUCCAAAGCAAAACAGGAAGGGCUCAGCAAAACCAGGCCUCUUCCAGAACCCCAAGUUGCCAUCCGAACCAUCUGGUAGCCCCAGACUGCCUGGUUCUUCGACAGUUAAAAUAUCCCCCAAGGAGAUGUAUCUGAAAGGAACCAUGGGCAAGGAUAUAAAGGUCCCUCCUCAGACACCGCGUCACAAGGAGAAUGAAUACAAAGCCCCCUCGGAGGGAGAAAAGACACCAGCCGCCGCCAAGCGCAGCAGCCGGUCUCGGGAUGCUGGGGACAGCUGCCAUGCCAACGCCCAAGCGCAGUACAGUUGUGCCUCGCUGCUAAACAAUGAAGUUCAAGUUAAUCUGUCUUUGUUGGCGAGCGACUUGCCGCGUCCUGCUCCAUCCGCGCUGCCGGCGAAACACGCAGAGGAAUACUGCAUUACAGACUUCGCCGAGGAAUUAGCAGAGACCAUUGUCUCCAUGGCAACCGAGAUCGCAGCGAUUUGCCUUGACAACUCAAAUGGGAAGCAACCCUGGUUCUGUGCGUGGAAAAGAAGGAAUGAGCAUCUGGUCACCCCGAACCUGGCCUGCCGAGCCCUGAAGAGGAAGGAGGGCCAGGCCAGCGGGGCCGCUGUGCGCAAACACAAGCCACCGCGGCUCAGUGAGAUCAAGAGGAAAACGGAUGAGCACCCGGAGCUCAAAGAGAAGCUGAUGAACAGGGUUGUGGACGAGUCGGUGAACCUCGAGGACGUCCCCGACUCCGUCAAUGUCUUUGCAAACGAAGUGGCCGCCCAGAUCAUGAACCUGACCGAGUUUUCCCUGGUGGACGGCGUCUGGCAAGCGCAGGGCUCUCCGCGGAGUCGGCUGCACAGUGCAGAGCGGGGGAACAGGCUGCAGGCCUCCAGCUGCGAGAGCAUAGCGGAGGAGGACCCCGGCGCCAGGGCCCAGGCCAGCGGCCGGGGCCUCAUGAGCACGCUGAGCCAGCCCGUGAGCAGGGCCAGCUCGGUCUCCAAGCAGUCGAGCUGCGAGAGCAUCACCGAGGAGUUUUCCAGGUUCAUGGUGAACCAGAUGGAGAACGAAGGGAGAGGAUUCGAGUUGCUGCUGGAUUACUACGCGGGCAAGAACGCCAGCAGCAUUGUGACCUCGGCCGUGCAGCAGGCCUGCGGGAGGAGUGACCACCUGAGCGUCAGGCCAAGCUGUCCCUCCAAGCAGUCCAGCACCGAGAGCAUCACCGAGGAGUUCUACAGGUACAUGCUGAGGGACGUUGAAAGAGAAAGCAAAGAUGCGGCCUUCUCCAGGCGAAGCAGCCAGGAUUGGACGGCGGGUUUGUUAUCCCCGCCUCUGCGAUCCCCGCUGUGUUACAGACAGUCCUCCAUGCCCGACGCCAGAUCCCUGGGCGCCAGGCUGACAGUGAAUGCGCCGCUCAAAGCCAACUCCUUAGACGGCUUUGCGCAAAACAGCCAGCGAGAUUUCCUGAGCGUCCAGCCGGUCAGCGGUGCUUCGGCCACCGGGCUCUGCAAGUCCGAUUCUUGCUUGUACCGCAGAGGUGGACCCGACCAGAUCACAGCCAUGUUAAUUCACGAGACCUGGGCAAACUCAAUCGAGGCCCUCAUGCGGAAGAACAAAAUCAUAGUGGAUGAUGCCCACGCUGAUGCUGAGCCCGUUCCUGGCGGCUGUCCCUCGCAAGCGGACACGUGUGCAAACAGAUUAGCCCCGAGCAGAGUGCAAAGUGGGCCCAUCCUUCUUGUCCAGGAGCCCAUUGAUCGCCCAAGGAAAGACUCCGUGACCGAAAGCCAGCAUCUCCCAGUGCCCUCUCCAAGCAAAGCUGCUCCUCGCUUAGAUUCUAAAAAGGAAACUUCCUUGUGCCAUGAUGAUAGCCCCAUAAACCACACCAGGCAAUCACUCUGUUCAAGGGAAGUGCCUUUGAUUCAGAUCGAAACGGAUCAGAGAGAAGAGUGUGUUGGCGAACCUGAAUACGUCCUUUCCGAAGGCAGCCCCCUAGAAGAAGCAGAGGAGCUUAUGAAAGAAGUCCCAGGUGUGAUGAAGGGUGGACACGCCGAGGAGAGUGCCUGCCAACACCCUGGCGACAGCUUUGACGCCAGAGAUGUACCAGAAGCUGAAGUCUCGACGGAAGGCGGAGCUCCCGAUGAGGUCCCCAACCCUCCCAGCAGCAGUGGGGGGAGCACAGACAGCUGGUCCCAACUCGCCAAUGAGGAGGACAACCCGGACGACACAAGUAGCUUUCUGCAGUUCAGUGAGCAAUCCAUGAGCAAUGGCAACAGUAGUGCCACUAGCAGUCUUGGCAUUAUGGACCUGGACAUUUAUCAGGAAAGCAUGCCAUCUUCUGCCAUGAUUAAUGAAUUAAUAGAAGAAAAGGAGAUUCUUAAAGGACAGGCAGAAAGCAGAGAGGAAGGUGCCUCUGGAGCGCCCAUGGGAGCCACCAGCUGCCAGGGGAGCCUGCUGGUCAUCAACUUUGACCUGGAGCCCGAGUGUCCUGACGCUGAGCUUCGGGCCACCCUGCAGUGGAUCGCUGCCUCUGAGCUUGGGAUCCCGACCAUCUACUUUAAGAAAUCUCAGGAAAACAGAAUCGAAAAGUUUCUAGAUGUUGUGCAGCUGGUCCAUCGGAAGUCCUGGAAGGUGGGGGACAUCUUCCAUGCCGUUGUCCAGUACUGCAAAAUGCAUGAGGAGCAGAGAGACGGGGCCCCGAGUCUCUUUGACUGGCUGUUGGAACUGGGCUAAGGCGGCGAUGCCUGUACAGUAUCCUCUCCUUUAUUCCAGCUUAGAUUCUAACGGUUUGUUCUCAAUGCUCUAAACUUUCUCCAACUUCGCAUCACAUUAGCAGAGCUAUAAAACAAUCUGCUGUUCGAGGCUACUGCCCAUGGAGUAAGUCUGAGGAAGGAUAAAAUAUAGAUCUGUACAAAUCGAUACAG